GCGCGGAGGCGGAAGUUCCCCACCGGCUUGAGAGGGACGGCGCAGGCACUGCGAGCCACUUGUCAGCUCUGGUCUGAGGCGGAGGGUGCGCCGCGCCGGUCAGGAGUUUCUUUCAUUUUCUUGAACUGCACGUUGAACCCUGGGAACCAUGAGCAACUACAAUGUGUCAUUGGUCGGCCCAGCUCCUUGGGGUUUCCGGCUCCAAGGUGGCAAGGAUUUCAACAUGCCUCUGACAAUCUCUAGUCUGAAGGAUGGUGGCAAGGCAUCUCAGGCACAUGUCAGAAUAGGCGACGUGGUUCUCAGCAUCGAUGGGAUCAGUGCACAGGGAAUGACGCAUCUUGAAGCCCAGAACAAGAUUAAGGCUUGUACGGGCUCCUUGAAUAUGACUCUACAAAGAGCUUCAGCUGCAGCCAAGACUGAGCCGGUUACCGUCCAGAAGGGUGAACCUAAGGAAGUAGUUAAGCCUGUGCCCAUUACAUCUCCUGCUGUAUCCAAAGUCACUUCCACUACCAACAUGGCCUACAAUAAAGCACCACGGCCCUUUGGUUCUGUGUCUUCACCAAAAGUCACAUCCAUCCCAUCACCAUCGUCUGCGUUCACCCCAGCCCAUGCCGCCACUUCAUCACAUGCUUCCCCCACACCCGUGGCCACUGCCACUCCCCUCCACCUCUCUGCAUCCGGACUGCAUGUUAGUGCCAAUCUUAGUGCUGACCAGUGUUCAUCUCCACCAAACACUGGUAAACCUGCAGUUAAUGUCCCACGGCAGCCCACAGUCACCAGCGUGUGUUCCGAGUCUGCUCAGGAGCUAGCAGAGGGACAGAGAAGAGGAUCCCAGGGUGACAUUAAGCAGCAAAAUGGCCCACCAAGAAAACAUAUUGUGGAGCGCAACACGGAGUUUUAUCACAUACCCACUCACAGUGAUGCCAGCAAGAAACGGCUGAUUGAGGACACUGAGGACUGGCGCCCCCGGACUGGAACGACUCAGUCUCGUUCUUUCCGGAUCCUUGCCCAGAUCACUGGGACUGAGCAUCUGACAGAAUCUGAAAAUGACAAUACGAAGAAGGCAAAGGAAAAGAUACCCCUUCACGUCUUUAGUCCCAAAUACACAAAAUUACGUGACUGGCACCAUGAAGUUUCAGCACGUGCUCUUAACAUACAGUGAGUCUGAGCCCUGCUCCCCCACCUAAGCAGCUAGCACAUACCUUUCAUUCACGUUUUCUUUCUUCCAUCCAUUGCAAAAUCUGUUUUACAUUUGACUCGUGAAAACUAGAACAAUUGGUGUGUUUUCCUAACAAUUUCCGGUUGUGAACAUGAGAAGACUGAACAUGUUGUGUCCUAAUUGGUAGCUCACAAAUGCAAAGCCAAAGGAUGGAAAGGAAAUGACCUGACCCCUUCAAAGUAUUUACAUCUAUUCUCACUGCUUUAGUCAUGGUCGUGGUACAGGAAGUCUUUUUGUAAGGUUGAUUGAUUGAAGCAGAGGUGGAUGAACAAAUAAUGUCCCUGUCUAAUUAGGGAAGUGAGCCCCUUAUGUUAUCACAGUUCCUAAGUUUACUUUCAGGUUCAUCAUUAAGGAAUGUUCAAAGUUGAUUGUAAAUUCUCCCAUAGAGCAAACAUGAGGAGGCAGAUUCAGCAGAGACUAGUAGAGCUCAUUGUAGAUGUAGGUGUCCUGAAAAGCUGGCACUGUUUAGGUGGCUACAAAACAAAACAAAACAAAACAAAACGAGAUAUUUUACCCUUGCUUGCAGUGGGGGAAACAGUAUUCUUUUACUUUAGUUAAUUUUAAAGAUCCUGUUACCUACUAAAGGAAAUAUAUAUAUAAGGCAGUGGGUGUUUUCAUGGAAUACAUAACUUUUAGGUGUCAACACUAAGACAUGUAGAAGAUAGCUUUGCUGCAUCUUUAUGUUGGAGGGAAAUGGCAUAAAAUAAGUUUUAAUUUAAUGUUUCUGAUAUUGGAGAAAUAUACUUGGAGUUAUAAACUACUGUAUGUUGUUGCUCCUGUUCUUACAAAGAUAUAUUUGACCAGUACAGAGAAAUGCAAUAUAUCUGAUUAUAAAUGCCUUCUGCCUUGUAAUUAAUAUAGCUUAUUAUAUAUUAGAUCUAACCUCAGUAAUAAAUGCAUUUUGAAGCUUGGAAAGAGUUGUAAUAAAGUUGUCUGUACUGUUGCGCUAUACUUGUUUUCUUUCUUUGAGGACAGUGACCUGCUCUCCAGGAUUUGUUACAAUGCUAUCCAGUAAAAUAAGUAACUACCUUGUCUUUUAUUUGGGAACAUAUACUUCAUGAAAUUUCCAAACUGUGAAUGUAAAACAUGACAAAGACCUACUUUCCCCUUUUGUCCUCUGGAGUUGCUAAUUGUUUAAAGCAGUUCUUAUGUGAACAAUAUAUGAUCUGUCAUCCUGUGACAGGCCAAGAGUCUUUCUUUCUUUAACAGUAAUUACUGAGGUUCUUAUCUACAUUCAGAUACCAGUUUUUGCUUUUCCCUGUGUUCCUGAUUUUUAUGUCACCAUAAACUGGAGCUAUUGUAGAUAAUGAAGCAACUAAUAUUGAUUUCAAUUAAAGACUUGAUAAUAUGCGUAUUUGGCUGUCAGAUGCAUUUAAAAAUGGUUGUAGGAUUUACGUGUGUUCCCCAUGAUGUUAAGGGUGUCUUUCUUUAUUGAAGCAUUUUCUCAGAUCUAUGAACGCUUGCCUACUUGUGUUUCUAUGAUCUUGAUGUUAUUCCCAGUUUUUACUACAUCUCUGUCCUCUGAAAGAAACUCGUUCUUUGGCCAGUCUCUUUGUGCCUAAUAAUUCUUUGCUGAUUUGGAAAAACAAAAAAUAGUCUCUGAAAGAAGAUUGAAUUAGAGUCACUUAAAAAUGAUAUAUCAAAGUAAAGAUGGUUUUUCUCUCAGCAAAACCCAGUUUUCUUGAGAAAAUAUAGAGGUCAAAGAACUAUUAAAAUUUUAGAUAAAUAUUUUCCCUAAUACGAAGAACAUGCGUAGAACAUUUUUUUUUUAAUUUGAAGUAGAUGGUGUUGAAAAAAAGUGCCUUGUCUAAUUCCAGUAGUGUUCAAUAUAUAUCAUCAGAAGGGCAGAUGACCAAAUAAUCUGCAUAGAAGCAUGAAUGGUGCCCAGCAGCAGCAAGAAGAUGUUCCAUUUCCUCUCACCAGAACUUGAGUUCCUGAGCCCAGUGACUCUUCUGGGACAGUGUACAUCCCUAGUUUAAAACUCUAGCCAGACGUUGUAAAAGUUUAUAAAAAGUAUUUUGUAAGGGUAGUCACCUGAUUUAUGACUUGUUGUUGUCUCUGUUACGCAGAUUUUAUCACGGGCUUCUUUUUAAUAUGAAUUAGGAAGUUACUCUCAAAUAAUUUGCAACAAAUUUUUCAUAUAGUGUUUUACUAGUCAGAGUCUGUGCUCCCAAGUAUAUUACUUUUGCAAAUAAAGACAUACUUACUUUGUUAUCGUUAUGCCCUUUAGGAAAGGGUGUAAGAGUGUGUGUGUGUGUGUGUGUGUGUGUGUGUGUGUUUGUGUGUGUACACUAGCUUGUAUGAAUAAUGCCAUUAAAUUAGGAUACAGAAUAACAGUCCUUUUUUAAAAUAUACAAUGGGUUGAGUUUCUCCAGACAAGUAAUUUUAUACUUGUUUAAUUUUUGAUAUGAUUUAUGACCAUUCCCCUAUUGACUCAUUCAUUCUGUGCUCAUUCUUUCAGUUGAGUAAUUAUUUGAAUAUCAGGCACCAAUCUCUGCUGUGGAUACCAUAGUAAAUAAUGGAUAAAUAAAUACACAGGAUGGUUCAAGGUCAUUUUAUUACCAGCUCAUAGAGUAGGCUAAUAUGAAACAGACUUGGCUGAGGCAGAUUGCUGUAGAUUAUGUGGCUCUCUGUGGGCUCAGCCUAGUGCUGACUCUUUGGAGAGAGUAGGUAGGCUGUGUGAUCCCAGACAGUCCCCAAGGAAAAGGAGACAGGUGACAAAUCAGGUGGCCAGUCUGUGGAUUAGGGAGUACAGUUCAGGAAAACCUACAGAGCAAACAGGUAUAAAAACAUAAUUCUUAGGUAUGUAAGCAAAAAUGCUCAUUCUAAAUUUAACUAUUUUAUUAAAAUUCGAGGUAAAGAACCAGGGCAUGUUAGAGUGUUGACAGCUUUUUAUAUAAAUACAUACCUAGUAGUGUGUUCAACACUGACAGUCAAUGUAAUAUUUUUCUAUUGAUAUUCAGUGAAGAUUUAGAGAAGGAAAAGGCUUAAGUGCACUGUCCUUGUCAUAUGUGUGGAACAAAAUAUGCUAUGGAACACAUAUAACAUAUAACAACAAAGUUUGAAUGUCUAAAACUUGGCCAAUAAUCCAGGACCCAUAAUUAGUUGGUGGGGUCAAUGAUUCUGUCUUCUCCCGAAAAAGCUGGCUUGAUUUAUCCUUUUUGUUCCUCUCAUGCAAUUUCAUAAUGUGACUAAGUAUUUCCUUGAUGAUUCCUUGAAAAACGUCCAUCCCAGCUUUUAUUGCUGUUAGAAAUAGUGAGAAACAGAGCCAUCAAUGCUGGGUUUUCACUCAGGUUUGUUGCCGACUGAGUUUACACUUCAGUGAAGGACCUGAUAGCUGUUUCUGGAUGCAUGUUGGCCAGGAAGCCUUACUCUGUGAUUCACCAGUGAGCUGAGUAUCUUGGUAUGGGGAUGAGGAGGUAAAAAGGCCUGAUCAUUUCAGCACACUUAGAGACAUAUAACAUCUCCUGCAUCCCUAGGACUGCCAUGACAGGUCAGCUGAGGCUGCUCCAGUCCUGAAUGGCAGUUCACCUCUGUUCAGCCCUGCUACCUGACUGCUCUCUUUUAUAGCUCCUGACUCAUAGCACUUCCUAGUAGGCACCUUCCAUGCUAAACUCUGAAACCUGGUCAGCAGACUUGGUUACACAGGUUCUGCAGUGUGGUCCUCUUCCUAAUCUUCUCAUCACUUUUGUCUGCAGUUUCCCAUCCUUACUCCUUGAUCUUCAGCACAGACCACAGCCACAAGAUUAAAGGAAGUCUUUGAAGUAAAAGAUUAGUUAUAGUGCAUGGAAGUUAAAAGGAAGAUUCAUUUACUUUUCUUUGCCUUGAAUCAAAAGUAUUUCUUUGUUCAUCACAUUAUAGGCCACCUAGACUUAAUGAAUGGGUAAAGGUAUUUAGAAGUAAAUGAUAACUAUGUCAAUGAAGCAAUGAAGGAAGACGAAAAUAACUGUGUAUGUGUA